CCAGAUCCUCCUGGUACAAAGUGUUUGCGAUAUGCACGUGAACCACUUACUAAUUGGUGUCAGGUACAAGAGAGAGGAGACAAAGGAAUGCGUCAUUAGCAACAAUUUUGCUGCAUUUCCCAUAUCAUGUGGAAGCUCAGACACAACUGAUUUAUAUAUUGCCAGAGACCGACUUGGCAAUGAACAAGGUAGUUUUAUGUUGGACUUGGAUAAGACAAUCACAUUAGGACAGCCAAAGCCAUUUGGUUUAAAGAUUGGAGUUACUGUUGGAGGUAAUGGUGGCUGGAAUGCAUCUGAGACAGAAGGUCCCCCUAUAUUCACUUAUACAUUCACUGUUCAGUCUGGUGAUAAAAGUAAAGUCAUCCCCUAUGCUAUCAACAAGCAAGUGAUCAAUGCCGAAGUUAAGAGCUCUGUGGAGCUAGACUUAGCGGGAGAGCUAUUGCUUGGUGUAGCAGGUUUCUUAGAGCUAUGUACAGGUGAUCUAUCUCUUAAGCUCACCCUGGACACCAAUGAUGAUAUCAGUGAAACUGAUGAAGCAAACAAUGAAAGAGUUAUUGAAAAUGUAACAAUUGUGGAUGAUGGAAGUGGCGUAUGUUCAGAUAGUCUCGACAUAAGCAUUAACAGCUUUAGGCUGCUACCCCCACUCCAAGCCUCCUUUGAUACAGAUACCACCAUCAACUUUGAAUUUGAGUUUAAUAUCGGGGCAGGUCCAUCCUCCACAGUUGCAUUCCCCAAUUCCUUCAAUUACAAAUUGAUGCUCUCUAGUUUCCCUGGACUCGCAGAUGAUAGCCAGCCUUGGGUGAAUGAUAUAUCAGGAUCUGAGGGAACCGUCUCAGAU